UCCUUUGGGAUCCUCCCAAACCCCAGGAAAAAAAAUGUUACUGGCAUCCUCGCUCAAUUCUCUCAAGCUCUCCAAUCCAUUCCUCCAUGGCACCACCCUCUCAAAACCCUCCCCCACUCCUCCUCCUCCAUCCCUAUCACGACCCUCUUUUAUGCCUCCAAUCAGGGCAUUGAAAUCAAUGCAGGGCAAAGUAGUUUGCGCCACAAACAACAAGACCAUAGCGGUGGAGGUGACCCGCCUGGCCCCGCACCCAAAGUACAAGAGGAGAGUGAGGAAGAAGAAGAAGUACCAGGCUCACGAUGAGGAUAACCAGUUCAAGGUUGGGGACAUCGUUCAGCUUCUGAAGAGCAGACCCAUUAGCAAGACCAAGGCUUUUGUUGCCACGCCUGUACAAGUUCGGAAGAAGAAUAAGGAGAAGAAGGAGGAGGGUGAGGGAGGCGAGGAAGGAGGAUCACAGGAGCUUGGAAUUCCUUUGGAGUCUGAGCAAGGGGAGGUGCUCCAGGCUUAGUGUGAGGUCUGUUGUUUGAUAUUAUUAUGUCAUGUUAAUUUGAUGUUGUUUGGAUCAAUUUCUUGUUUGAACUUUGAAGGCUAUGAAAUGUAUUGUCUUUUUAAGUAUUGCUUAGCGUAUGGAUUUUGGGGUUACUUUCAUGGUGUGAAUUGCACUGGCAUCGAAAUCAAUGUCAUUGGCUGAUCUUUAGUUUCAAUGAGCUGCUUGGAUUC